GGGGCAACGUCAUAAUGCCGCUGCGAGGCUUCUGAUCGGCGUCUUCGGUGGAGCACGGCUCGGUGUCACAAGUGACAACAAGAAAACCAGUUUCGAUGAUGGCCGGACGGUAUCAAGAAAGGGUUGCACUCUUAAAUACAAUUUUGUCCACACCAAAGAUUGACAUAAAGAAGUUACGGGAAAUUUGUUUUGAGGGCAUUCCAGACAAGGCAGGAUUUCGGUCUUUGUGUUGGAAGAUCUUGUUGAACUAUCUCCCACUAGACAGGUCAAAAUGGAAGACAUUUUUGGAGAAAGAAAGGGCAAAGUAUCAAAAUUUUAUAAGUGACAUUAUUGUUCAACCAUCAUCAAACAAGCUGAAUGAAAGCGAUCUUAGUUUGGACCAUCCCUUAAAUCUAGACCCAGAAAGUCAAUGGCAGACAUUUUUUAAAGAUAAUGAAGUGCUUCUUCAGAUUGACAGAGAUGUUAGGAGGCUUUGUCCAGAUAUCUCCUUCUUCCAGCACCCAACUGAGUACCCUGCAUCUUAUGUAGGAGGAACUUACAAACCAUGCGAAACACUGCGAAAAAGAGUGGAACAAGCCAUUUUAGAGGCUUCAGAGAUUGGUAUGAGCAGACUUGGCGUGAAAAAUGUUAAGAAGAAACGAGCGGAAGAAUAUGCUCUUCUGCCAGAAGGCCAAGAGGCUCAUUGGGAGGUCGUCGAAAGAAUGUUGUUUAUUUAUGCAAAGCUGAACCCUGGAGUCGGCUAUGUUCAGGGUAUGAACGAAGUGAUAGGACCAAUAUACAAUGUGUUAGCUUCAGAUCCAAAUAAAGAGUGGCAAGCUCAUGCUGAAGCCGAUGCAUUCUUCUGUUUCGCCCAUCUUAUGGGGGAAAUUAGGGACAAUUUUUUGAAAACAUUAGACGACUCUGCAUGUGGAAUCGGAAACGUCAUGUUACAGUUAUUCCAAUUUCUACAGUGCAGUGAUCAAGAGCUAUUUGAAGAUUUGGAAAAGAAGAGUAUAAAGCCUCAGUUUUUCGCAUUUCGCUGGAUUACGCUUCUUUUGUCCCAGGAAUUUUCACUACCAGAUGUCAUCAGGCUCUGGGAUUCACUGUUUUCAGAUCUUGACAGGAUCGAUUUUAUACUACAUGUUUGCUGUGCAAUGUUAAUUUUGAUGAGACAAAGACUGUUAGAUAGUGACUUCGCGUGGACAAUGAAGCUUCUACAGAAUUUUCCAAGCGAUGAAUAUGACAUGGCGACAAUUAUUCGUAAGGCUGAUGAACUGAGAAAGCCCUCGGCUACAACGACUGCGCCAACUGGAAAGGCCCAAUCAAAUCGAGGACUUAAUUUGAAAAAGAGGUUAAUGUUGUUUUAGUAUACGAGUUAGCGUGUUUUUAGAGAAAUCUUUGUUUUUAUAGGGCUUUUACAUUUUCACUUGUUGAUCUGUUGGGGAACAGAGUGUAAGUUUUAAACAUUUGUAGUCCAUUUCUGUUUGCCAAAUUAUAAAAAGGUAAAAAUUUUAGAUGGUUGCAAAGUAGAAGGGCCUAGGCAACAAAACAAGCAAGUAUUUCAGAACGUUACAAAAUGCACAAUUCAGUUUUGUUUUAACAGUUAAUGAGAGUUUCUAGCUGCAUUGAACCUUCUCUCUCAGCUAGAUGUCUAAUUCGUUUUUCUAUCGUACAUUCUUGAAUAGACCCAUUUUUUAAGAACCAGAAAGUUUCUCGCAAAGAUAGUCAUCACAAACUAGGCCACCCUCUUGCUGCAGCGUGCUUGUCGUUUCUUUUCGUAGUUAAAAAGCUACAUUUUAUAAAAGUUCACGUGAUAAAUUUUAUCUUAAUUGAGGAGUGUCGGAAGGGGUUAUUCUCUCAUCAAAUAUUUUUUUGGUUUGUUGUCGAUUAUUAUUCGGGAAGAGACAUUCAGCAGGAUUCACUGUUUUGGCGCUAAAUAUUUUGGCCUAGGCUCCCAAUGAGAAUUUAUAAAUUUAUUGAUAGUUUUUUAAGAUAUAAUAUUUCUGGAUCUGAACCUUUAAAAGUGUAAUGCCAGGUUGUUAGAGGUUCACCCCUUUGUUGAUACCUAAAGCUGACUGAAUUCAACUUCUCUACGUUCUUUUAUGAAAUAUUUUGCAAGAUUCUCUUUUACCCCCAUUUAUCAGUUCACUGACAACAAUAUCAUUUUUAACCCAAAUCUUGACAUCCUAUCGGACUUUUUAUAUAAAUUCCUUGGUCUCCCGGUCGUUCUUAAGUAAAAGGAGUCCCCAGUACGCAGAUGCCAAUGUGAAACAGCGUUGUAGAUAACGUUUUCAGAAGUAACCCCUUCGCCAUUUCUUGUUGUUGAUUCAUGUUGUAAAUAGUAUCAUCAGAAACAAAUUAUGUUUCUAGCUGCAUGUGAAAAUAUUUCUGUGUGAUCUUUUUCAACGAUCAUAAGUAAAUUUAGUUGUAUAGCUACGGUUGUAAGAAAUCUAAUAUAAAUUGCGAUAAUCAAUUUCAUUAUUCAUGUUUUAUGAUAUUUUUAUAUCCA